UAUAAUCAGUUGGAUUAAGAUGCAAUCUAAUCAGAUGAUUAUCAUCAUCUAUCAAUUGUUGGUACUAAUUGAAUCAACUCGAAUUGGUUUAAUUGUUGAUAAAAACAAUUUGCUGGUUCGCCAAUGUGUUCAACAAUCAGUAUCAGCUAAUCACAAUUUAAUUGCUCUACCAAAUUUAACGUUGGCAAUUUACAACAAUCAACAACUAAUGGAUCCAUUAGACAGUUUUGACCUAAUUCUUGAUUAUUCUGGUAACUGGAUUAACUUUCAAUCAAAUAUAACACAAGUUCCAAUGGUUAAAAUCAGUGAUUCUAGAAAAGUUAAUUACUUAAUCAACAACAACAACAACAACAAUGUUUUAAUUGCUCGAUCACCAAAUUACAUGUUAACUAAAUCAUAUCACACGAUUGUUAAUCAUUACAAUUUAACCAACUUGUUUAUCUUACAUGACAUCAAAUUAGAAUUGGAUGAAAAUGAUUUCAUUGUUAAUCAUUCAACUUACAAAUUGGAUUCUAAGCAAAUUAACAUGAAACAAUCAACCAAUUUAACCCUGACGAUGAAAAAAUUAAGACUAAUUGGAUUCGAUAACUUUUUAAUUAUCGGUGAAUCAUCAACAAUUAACAAUCUACUCAACACGAUUCAACAAUCAGAUCUAUUCAGAAAACCUUAUACUUGGUACGUUUUAACAAAGAGUAUGAACAAAAUUAGUUGUACUUUAUGUAAACAUGGACAGUUCAUUAAGAUUCAACCAACACAAUCAAAUCUUCACGAGUAUGAAUACAAAUUGAAUUUAACAACAAUUAGAUCAGAAAAUUUGAUCGAUGCUUUUUAUUAUUAUGAUUUAACCAAUUUAAUAAUUAAAUCGUUGGCUAAUUAUUAUCAAGUCCUUGGAGAAACUAAAUCAACGUUGGUAAACAAUGGGACACAAUCAAAGGUAUCACAAUUUACCAAUUCAAUUGUGACAACAAUUAACUCUGGCAAUUUAAUGGGACAAUUUGGCGAUUGGAUAAUCACUAAUCAGCUUGGUGAUAAUUUAAAGAUUAACAAUAUAAUCUAUCAAUCACUUACAAUGCAAUUAACUUUGAACGAUAAAUUGUUCAAUCAAAUUGACUCAAAGGUAAUUGGUUACAUGGAUUUAACUGAAUCAAUCGGAACAAUUUAUUUCUCCUCACUAUCAACCAAUUCAGAUGAAUCAAUUUUAAAGAUAAUAACAAUUCUGCAUCCUCCAUUUAUCAUGAGACGAGCUUCAAACUCACCAAGUAAUAAUAAUAACGAUAGUGAUUAUUAUGGAUUCCUGAUUGACAUUUUCAAUGAAAUGAAACAUGAUUAUGGUUCAAAGUUUCCAGAAUAUCAGAUAAUUCAAGCAACCGAAGGUCAGUAUGGGAUAAGAGUUAUUUCAUCAGAUUCUGAUGAGGUUACAUGGACAGGAGCAGCUAAAGAUUUUCAUUCUAAUGAAGCUGAUUUCGGUUUAAUUGCAAUGACAAUUACUGAUGCUCGUCAAUUGGCCAUGGAUUUUACUGAACCAAUUUUUGAUUUGGUAGGAUUAUCGGUAAUGAUUAAGAAACCAGUUCCACAGGAUUUUACCUUUGUCUAUGUCUAUGUAUUGGAAAAUGAUGUUUGGUAUUGUGUUUUAUGCUCUUAUCUGUUAACAUCUAUCAUUAUGUCAAUAUUUGAUUACUACAAUCCAAAGGAUAGGAAGAAGAAGAUGAAAAGCUUAAAGGUGAACACUGAAGAUCAUCAGAAUGAUGCGAAUCAAAUUAAUGGUAUCGAAGGGAUGAGAAAAGUUUCCAAUAGGAAAAUAUUGAAUCAAUUUGAUGGUAACAACCAAAGGGGUGGAAUUCAUGGUCAGUAUCCUCCGGAUGAUGAUGAAGAUGGUGAUGGUGAUGGUGAUGAGAAUACUGUUGAUGGAGAAGAUGUAAUUACUAUUGGUGAAGAGGAAAGUAAAGGUGAUAUUAGAGGAGGGCAAAAGAAUAUGAAAGAAAAUGUCACCAAAUCAACUGGUUCGAUCACCAAUGAACGAAUUUUCAAUCUUAAAGAGACACUUUGGUUCUGUUUAAUUUCGUUGACACCUCAAGGAGGUGGUGAAGCUCCUUCAGCGCUUUCAUGUCGCUUGGUGGCCGCUACUUGGUGGCUUUUCGGUUUCAUCCUGGUUGCCUCGUACACGGCUAAUUUGGCUGCCUUUUUAACCGUUUCAAGGUUGGAUAAAAAUCUCGAGACUUUCGAGCAACUUUCUCGACAAUAUAAAGUCCGAUAUUCGGGAAUCUCGAACUCAUUUACCGAUGAAUAUUUCACUUUACUCGCUCAAAAUGAAGAUCGUUACUACAAUAUUUGGAAAGAUCUGUCACUUAAUGAUGUCAUCUCUGAACAUGAACGAGCUCAAUUCGCUGUUUGGGAUUAUCCGGUUAGCGAUCGAUACACUAAGAUUAGAGCUCAAAUGGAUGAACUUGAUAUUCCUAAGAGUUUCGAAGCUGCUUUAAGGAAAGUUCGAAAUUCAAAUAGUUCUAAGGAAGGUUAUGCUCUCAUUGGGGAAAGACUAUCAAUGGAAUGGGCUUCGUUAUUAUAUUGUGACAUUCGAGUUCUCGAGUCAACAUUUGCAUAUCAUCCGAUUGCAUUUCCAAUAUCUAUGAAAGAUCCAUUCAACUUGAAACCUUCUUUCGAUAAAACUUUGAAGAGAUUGAAAAGUUCUGGUAAACUUGAUGAGCUUCGAUACAAAUACUGGGAAGGAGGAUCAGGGGUUCGAACUUGUCCCGAUUAUCGUAAUCCCAAUGGAAUAAGUGUACGAAACACUUACGGAAUAUUCAUGAUUAUCGGACUUGGAUUAUUCUUUUCUCUAUUAACUCUUUCCAUUGAGAAUUUCGUCUACACUAAAGUGAAAAUUUCACAAAUUAUCAAGACUCGAGACUCGAUAAGUUCUGAAACCGAUUCGACUGCAAAUCUCUUGACCGGCUCAAAAUCAAUUUCGAUCAAAUUUCUAAACUGGCUAGUAAAUUCUCAUCAACGGUAAUUCACCAAGAGACAAAUAAGUUUCAAGUGCUCAUCCAGAUUCUGAAUGAAUAUACACUCAUGAUUAUCUCAUAUUAUUCAUCAAUUCUCAUUCAAAAUAUGAAUCUAAUAAAUUCAAUUUGACAUUUAAAAUAAUCUAUUGAUUGUUAAUCCUCUUAUAUUAUCCUAUUGGCCUUAUCGAUUUACCUUUUAAUUUUAAUAAUGAUACGAUAAUAUGAUUAAACUAAUUUGAAAAGUGAAAAAAAUAUCAAUAAUAAUAAUAAUCAAAUGUUAAUAUCAUUACAUGUAAUUCAAAUUUUCAACUCUGUAACUUUUAAUGUUCAGCUCAUGGUAAAAGUUGAUGAUAUUAAAUUGUAAUUACA